GUUACUGCUUUUCCUUUUUAGAACUGUCAUAAUUUCCAUUGUUUCACAUCUUGUAGACAUACAGUAAUUGUUUAACAUUUAGUUUUCUGAUGAAAGCAUCUGGAUAGUGACUUUGCAGCACAUGCUUUUACUUAAUUUGCCACAUUUAUGUCUUUUGGCCAAACCUUGGUUAAACUUGCUCGACAUGCAUAAUAAGUAUGCAGGAAGGAAGCUGUGAGGAACAGAGGAAGCAAAAGGACAAAUCUGUAACCCUAUGUCCAAAUAUGGAGACCUCCCUUUCAAAAUUUAAAACAUGGCUUUGCAGACAAUCUUUCUAACAUUUAAGUGGCUAUUGUUACAAAGUCUGUAACAGUCUAUGCUCUCCUUUUCUCAGUUACAAACCUACCUCAGAAUACCCACGGUGAUCAGAGCACAGAUGGAUCUAAACUGCUUCACGUAUCUGCUGGUCCUGUGCGCCCUCAAUAAGCUGCUUGUUGUGGCGAGCCCUGAAGAUGAAUACCAGGAGCAUCUGAACCAUCGGGGGGAACAUAAGUCGACGCGGAAACAAAUCGCCACGGCCCAGUACGAAUGUUUCCAGAGGAUUGUGAAAGAAUCACAGCGUAAAAUGAAAACAAUAGCAGGGCCAGUGUGCAACAGGACGUGGGAUGGGUGGCUGUGCUGGGACGAAACUGAAGCCGGACAAACGGAGCAGAGCUGUCCGGACUACUUUAAAAAUUUUGAUCCUAAUGCGAUUGCAUCCAAAGUGUGCUCAGAGACAGGCCAGUGGGGACGCCACCCAGAGAGCAACAGGACGUGGACAAACUUCACAAACUGCCAAGCCAACACAAUACAUCAUGGGACAGUGGCAAUGACUCACUUCUACUUGGUCAUGAUCGGUCACGGCCUGUCGCUGGUGUCACUUCUCAUAUCAUUAGGAAUAUUCUUCCAUUUUAAGAGUCUGAGCUGUCAGAGGAUAACACUCCAUAAAAACCUCUUCUUCUCAUUCGUGCUGAACUCCAUCAUCACCGUUGUCUGGCUUACAACAGUGGUGAAGAAACAGGGACACACAUACAACGAUUCAGUGAGCUGCAAGCUGCUCAUGUUCAUCCACCUGUAUCUGUUGAGCUGCAACUACUUCUGGAUGCUGUGCGAGGGCAUCUACCUGCACACUCUGAUUGUUGUGGCAGUGUUUGCAGAAAAACAACAUUUCAUGUGGUAUUAUCUGCUGGGCUGGGGUUUUCCACUCCUGCCAGCGGUGAUACAUUCAAUAGCACGUCAGUGCUACUACAAUGACAAAUGUUGGGUCAGCUCGGAUACUUCCUUGCUGUACAUUAUCCACGGACCCAUCUGCGCCGCAUUGGUGGUGAAUCUUUUCUUCCUGCUGAACAUCGUUCGGGUUCUCAUCACCAAGCUGAGGGUGACGCACCAGGCCGAGUCCAGCCUCUACAUGAGGGCCGUGAGAGCCACCCUCAUCCUCAUCCCCUUGCUUGGCAUCCAGUUUGUCCUGCUCCCCUACAAGCCCCAGGAUCACUGGGUCUCUGAAAUCUACCUGUACAUCAUGGAAAUCCUCAUGCACUACCAGGGUCUUUUGGUUUCUACAAUAUUCUGCUUCUUCAACGGGGAGGUCCAGAGUGUUCUGCGGAGACACUGGAACCAGCAGCGAAUGCAGUUCCACGGCACAUUUGGCAACGCUGAGUUCUUCCGCUCGGCCUCGUACGUGGCGUCGUCGCUCACAGAAGUCCACCGCUGCUACAGCAUCGAAAGCCACACAGAGCACAUCAACGGCAAGAGAUACUCAGACAUAUUCAGAUCGGACAGCCCGUUCGUGUGAAGGUGGCGCUUCAGGCUCACUGUUUCUUUGACUUUUCACAAGAUGUUAUGAAGAUUGAUUUCUUCUGGGAGUUUUACCACUGUUCAUGGCAACUGAGUACAAACUUUUCCCUUUCAUACAAACUCACAUAUUUCUUUUUUGACUUUUUCUCACGAAUAUUACACAACAGAAGGAGCUUGAGACCAAAGCCACGGUUUCUUCAUCAUUAUUUACAUCCCACUAAUGGAAAGGACACAAAGAAGACACGAAGAAGACCCUGUGAUUCAACCGGCCUCACCGGCCUCAAAGCAUUAACACAAGGAAUAAAUGCUUUUUGCAUCACGUGGAAUAAACUUGGACAAGAAGCUGUUCUGUUGAGCUGAUAUGUAAAGAGAGAUGUUUUUUCUGGGCAUUUUGAGGAUGUUGAUGCCAUUUAGAAAUGGGCAGUUAUUGAUUGAGGGUGUUGUGGAAAGGAUAUGCACAAAAACCCUGUCGAAAUACUUCUCAAAUCUGAAAUAGCAUUUCAGGUUAAUAAACUUUUCUUUGCAGGCAGAAAUAAUGUCAUCGAUUAGUGCCGAAACAACAGUCGCUGGGAAUAGCAAAGAAAGUGUUGGUCUCUCUGACUAGAGAGGCAACUGUUAUCCCUUCAAGAAAGUAAAAGAGCAAAGUACCAAGAUUCCUGUUGUUAGUACUCUCACUAGACUUGUAAAGUAUAAAAAAGUGAAAACACUCACAAAAAAGAAGAAAUAAACAGAUAGCUUGCUUUGCUAAACAUCAUUCCUGCUUUGACUUUUGAAUGAAGGCGUGCAACUCAGAAUAUAGGGAGAGUUUUCUAUUUAUGUAUUAUUUCCUUGAGCUAAGUUAAAAACAAAUAAAGAGGUUCACAAUAAAAUGUUGUCAGAAACAUACACUUACAUUGUCUCAUCCCGUCAUGUCUACAGUCAAUGCUCCGUAAGGCUCACCAUUUUUCUUUCUUUAUAACUGAUUUUUCCAAAAUGCUGUAGAGAUUAUUGUGAGAUAAUCACAGUGAAAAUACGACUGAAAAGCAUGUUUCUGUACAUUUUAUUUGUGUAUGAAUUAAGUAUUUCAAGGCACAAAAUAUGAAGCCUUUAGUGUACUUUGUAUAUUUUUCCAGUCAACUAAUGGUAUAAAGUUGUUGAAGGUUAAAAUGUUUUUAGAUUCAUUAUGUAAAGAUGUUCGUGUCCAGGAAACAAUUUCAGCAGGAACUGACUUAUGUUGAUUCACUGAUAGGAUGAAGUUUGUCACCUUUAGUUAGAAAUAAAAGUGAGAGUGAAUUUCCUGACAAGUGAAGAGCUGCUGGUUUCAGCCUUCCAAAAAAAGAAAAAAUAAUAAAAGGGGGGAAAUUAUGUAUAGCUUUCAACCAAUGGUAUUAGGUGAUGUAAAAGUGUAAAAGUGGUCUUAUAUAGAUGUAGACCAUAGAAUAUAGUCAAAAGUCCUGCAAAAAGUUAGUAAGUGACUCUUGAGUUUAGAAUAUUUUACCACAGAUGGACAGAAUUUGAUAUGAACCAUAGAUGUGUGUAUUUUCUCACUGCACAACAUUAGUUGUGCAGUGAGAAUCUCUUUGUCACAGUCUGAAUCUCUUUGUUUGUAUUGAAAUAUAAAUGUAAAUAAAGGCAGGCUGUUUUAAACUGAUAUUCGGGGGAAAAAAGAGUUACUGUUUUUGUGUUUCUUUCC